AACACGCAAUAUUUAUACAAUGGCUUCCUUCUCUCGUGUCGCACUCUCUGCUCGUUUGGCCUCUCGUGCAAUUGUACCUGCUUCAACUCGGUUGUUCCAACCUUCUGUAGCUUCACGUGGCCUUCACUUGAGCUCGCCCAAGAUGUCUGAGCACCCCGUUGCUACUCUUCAGGAGGACAUCGCUCCUCGCCUACCGCUUUCUUCCCUAACUCUCUUCGAAGCCAAGAAGAAGAAGAAUCUCUCCUUCGAAGCAAUCGCUCAAGCCGUCGGCCGCAACGAAGUUGCCAUUGCCGCGCUCUUCUACGGACAAGCAAUGGCUUCUCCUGAGGAUAUCAAGGCGCUGUCCAAAGUCCUGGACAUUCCGGUUGAGGUACUCGAGUCGCAGCUUUCAGGCUUCCCCGACCGUGGUCGGUCGCUAGAGAUGCCGCCCAAAGACCCGCUGGUUUACAGGCUGUAUGAGAUUGUGCAGAACUAUGGACCUGCGUAUAAGGCGAUCCUGAAUGAGAAGUUUGGUGACGGCAUCAUGAGCGCGAUCAGUUUUAGCACCAAGGUGGAAAAGGAGACGGACGAGAAGGGCGAGUGGGCGAAGAUUACGCUGAGGGGCAAGUGGCUGCCAUAUUCGCGAUUCUAGAUAUGUAGUGAGAGUUGCUGAUGCUGAAUACGAUCGUGAUGAGCAAUGCACACAAAAACACUGCCAAUCAGAUGACUCGAAAGGUUGAAAAUACAUCUGAGCCGUUAAUC